AUGGAGCGUAUAAUCCGUACUCUAGUGGCGCUCCUUUCAACAGUAGUUAUACAAAGCCUACCUAUCAAUAACGGAUUCAGUGUGAAAUUCAACCCACUUGCUGUGAAGGAAGAAUUAAAACUGAAAACAUUUGGUGCUCUCUUUGCUAAGAUUCCACAAGAAAUAACGUCAGCCGAAUCAAAAGUCAGACGCGAAGUGGUUUCGAAGGCGUACUAUCCGAACCCACCAGACUUAGGAACUGGUUGCUCGAAUCAAGUGGCAAAAGUUAUAUUUCCAGCGAAGAAUACAAAUAAUGAUGAGGACAUAAUUCAGCCUGCUGAGGGUCUGAACUUUAUUAAUUUGCCAAUUGUGAAACAGCCGUACGAUAACUAUAAAAUUUUGGUGGCAACUGCUCCACCAAACGUCAAAAUAAAUAACGAGGAAGAAAAUACCCCGCUAGUAAUUUAUGUAGUAUUUCCUGGAGAUGGAGCCGAUGAAACAGAUUCAAUUAAUAUACCAAUGAUUUAUUUCGUCAAUCAACACAACGGGAAAAUGGAUUUCAACAAACCAGGGAAAGCUGAACCGAUAUUGAUUAUAAACAGCAACCGAACGGUCACUGGAUUGAAAAGUAAGGAGAUAGAGAAAUUUGUGAAAUUUAAAAAUAAAUUAACGAAGCGGUAUAAUUAUCAAAUUUCAAGAUAA